AUGGAUGUCAAACUUUUAGCUGUUCAGGUGAUUCUUGGUAAUGUACGAAAUGAUUUAAAUGAUAACUUACAGUUGUCCUUGUUCAUAUAUGUUUUCAUAUAUGCCAUUGAAACUUUAGCUAAAAAGAACAGCACUUUUCAGAGAGAUACUCGCCUGCUCAGAGCCUGCAUCAGUAUACGCCUCAAACAGCACCUGUUAAUACACACCACACGGUCACACCUGGACCCUACCUUGACGUUAAUCCGGUUCACAAAGCUUCCAGGAGAAAAAAAAUGGCCAUUUAUCCUUGGCAUAGUCGUCACCCUACUGGUCGUUGCUGGGGUCAUAGCUGCGGUGCUUUGGUUUUAUGGUGUGUUUGAUUGUUUGCAAGGGCGUCGCUGUAAAACAGAUAACGAAUGUGUCCGCUUCUCGCAGUGGUGUGAUGGCGUGCAGGACUGUCCAUCGGGAGACGAUGAAACUCAGCGCUAUUGUGGACGGAACAGCGGGACCCGAAUCGUGGGAGGAACCACGGUGACCUCUAAGGGGGUGUGGCCAUGGCAGGUCAGCCUGCAAAUUACCAGAAGGCAUUUGUGUGGCGGGUCUGUCAUUACACCUUACUGGAUCGUCACAGCGGCUCACUGUGUGCAUGAGGAAGUACUCUCGUUUAGUACAGUCUCGUUUGACAAUUUAUGAUGAACUCUAAUAAAAGGCAAACUGGUGUAGGAACUCAGAUGCAAGGGAUUGGACUGUGUAUGCUGGAUAUCUGACUCGUACCGAGAUGCUGUUGGCCACCGGCAAUUCUGUAAGCCGAAUUGUCAUGCACAACUUUGACCCGAGAACCAGUGAGAAUGACAUUGCCCUGAUGAAACUAAACGUCCACUCACAAUUACAUGUAAGAGUGAAUUUUACAAUUUUCCCCCAGCCAAUAAGAAAAUUUCACGAUCAUUUAAUAAUACUGACACGUUAAGUGAAAAUAAAUUAAAACAAAGUGUUUUUGUUUCACACAUGAUCUGUGCUGGCAAGCUGGAGGGCGGCGUGGACUCCUGUCAGGUCAGAAACACGCUCUGUAUAAACACAGAAGCUGCUUGAUCAUUCAAAAGAGUAAAUUAGAGUAGAGUAAAUGUAAUGUAUGUGCCAAAGGCCAAAUUAAAUAAGUGCUCUUCCACACGGGGACAGUGGGGGUCCUCUGGUCACAAAAGAUAAUUCUCUAUGGUGGCUGGUUGGGGACACUAGCUGAGGUGAUGGAUGUGCUUUCAGAAACAAGCCCGGAGUCUACGGAAAUGUGACCUACUUCCUUGACUGGAUAUAUGAACAAAUACAGGUAAGAUUUCAAAUAUAAAUCCAAACUGUGUCACAGAAAAUGUACUAUUAUUAUUAUUAUUAUUAUUAUAC